AUGGAGUUGUUCCUGCCCUGCUCCGUGUCCAACAAGGGGAAAGGCCCCCUGGCUGUGGAGUCAGUAUCCUUUGAAGACGUGGCUGUGAUCUUCACCCGGGCCGAGUGGUCUCUGCUGAAUCCUGCUCAGAGGUGCCUGUACAGAGAUGUGAUGCUGGAGGCCUGCAGGCAAUGCCCUCUGUGGGGUGCUGGCACCUGGAGCCCAACAUCCCAAGAACGCAAAGUGUGUGGGGAGACUUUCAGUGUCACCAACCUGCUGACGCGUCACAUCAGGGAGCGCCAUGAGGAGAUGCCUUAUGUGUGUGAGCUCUGUGGGAAGGGCUCCUGCUACCCCACAUACCUGCAGGGUCAUGCCGAGAUCCAUGUUGACCUCAAGAGGCCCUUUAAAUGCCCUGAAUGUCCACAGAAGUUCCAGUAUCCCUGUGUGCUGCGCGAACAUGGUAAAGUGCACUCUGGGAUCAGGCCAUUCACCUGUGAACCGUGUGGGGAAAGCUUCAGGACUCACUCGCAGCUGCUUAAGCACAGCCGGACCCACACUGGGGAGAGGCUGUAUGAAUGCGAGAAGUGUGGGAAGAGCUUCAGGACUCGCUGGGUUCUGUGUAAGCACAGCCGGACCCACACCGGGGAGAGGCCAUAUGACUGCAAGCAGUGCUGGAAUAGCUUCAGGACUCGCUCAUCUCUCCUUCAGCACAGUCGGACCCACACUGGGGAUAGGCCGUAUGACUGCGAGCAUUGUGGGAAAAGCUUCGGUACUCGCUCAGACCUACGUAAGCACAUUCGGACCCACACCGGGGAGAGGCCGUAUGACUGUGAGCAGUGUGGGAAAACCUUCAGGACUUGCUCAGACCUACGUAAGCACAGCCGGACCCACAGUGGGGAGAGGCCCUAUGACUGUGAGCAGUGUGGGAAAAGCUUCAGAACUAGCUCAAACCUGCAUGAGCACGGCCGGACCCACACCGGUGAGAGGCCGUAUGACUGCAAGCAGUGUGGGAAAAGCUUCAGGACUAGCUCGAAUCUGUAUGCGCACAGCCGGACCCACACCGGGGAGAGGCCUUAUGACUGCAAGCAAUGUGGGAAAAGCUUCAGAACUAGCUCAAACCUGCAUAAGCACAGCCAGACACACACCGGGGAGAGGCCGUAUGACUGCGAUCAGUGUGGGAAAAGCUUCAGUACUCGCUCGGAUCUGUAUACGCACAGCCGGACCCACACUGUGGAGAGGCUGUAUGACUGCAAGCAGUGUGCGAAAAGCUUCGGGACUCGCUCGGAACUGCGUAAGCACAGCUGGACCCACACUGGGGAGAGGCCGUAUGGUUGCGAGCAGUGUGGGAAAAGCUUUGGGACUCGCUCGGAACUGCGUACGCACAACCGGACCCACACCCGGGAGAGGCCGUAUGACUGCAAGCAAUGUGGGAAAAGCUUCAGAACUAGCUCAAACCUGCAUAAGCACAGCCAACACACCGGGGAGAGGCCGUAUGACUGCGAUCAGUGUGGGAAAAGCUUCAGUACUCGCUCGAAUCUGUAUACGCACAGCCGGACCCACACCGGGGAGAGGCUGUAUGACUGCAAGCAGUGUGCGAAAAGCUUCGGGACUCGCUCGGAACUGCGUAAGCACAGCUGGACCCACACUGGGGAGAGGCCGUAUGGUUGCGAGCAGUGUGGGAAAAGCUUUGGGACUCGCUCGGAACUGCGUACGCACAACCGGACCCACACCGGGGAGAGGCCGUAUGACUGCAAGCAAUGUGGGAAAAGCUUCAGAACUAGCUCAAACCUGCAUGAGCACGGCCGGACCCACACUGGUGAGAGGCCGUAUGACUGCCAGCAGUGUGGGAAAAACUUCAGCACUAGCUCAGCGUUGCGUAGGCACAGAUGGACCCACACUGGGGAGAGGCCAUAUGUCUGCCCAGAGUGUGGGAAGGGGUUCCUGGGGAGCGGCGCAAGGAACAAGCACAUGCGUAUCCAUACAGGCUAG